AUGACGAAACUUGAUUAUUUGGGUCUUUUCAAGAAACAAAAAACCAGAAACAGUGAAGAAGAAAUUGACUCCAAUUUGAAUAGGAAGAUGGGUAAACAGAAGAUAGAAUUUCAAAGUGGGUCUUCAUCAUUACCCAUUGUAGGAUCAUCAAUGAAGACAAAAGAUGAAAAAAAUGAGCCUCGAGAGAGAGUUUUGAAGAUUUUAAGGGUUGUUCGAAUUAUUUACGAUGAAUACUGGACAGAAGGUAGAAAUGGGCAAACAUCUAAGACAACUAGAAAGCGUAGGCCGGAUUUAAAAGCUGCUAAAGUUGUUGAAGAAAGAUUUGGGAAAUGUUUACCAGCAAUUGGUUCAAUUCCUGGUGUAGAAAUUGGUGACAAGUUUAACUUUAGAGUUGAACUUGCUCUUGUUGGGAUUCACAUGCUACUACAAAAUGGGAUUGACACCAUUAGUUUUAAGAAGACUGGUGAAAAGAUUUGUACAUCCAUUGUUGCUACAGAUGCUUACUAUGAUAAUGACAUGAAAGAUCCUGAUUACUUGGAUUAUUCUGGACAAGGAGGAUUUGUUAGUAGGAAUAGGAAAGAGGUUGAGGAUCAAAAACUUGAAGGAGGAAACUUGGCUUUGAUGAAUAGCAAGACUCAUCAAAAUGAAGUGAGGGUCAUCAGAGGAAGAAAGGAAAAUGGGAAACCAGUUUAUAUCUAUGAUGGUUUAUACCUAGUUGAAGAUUGUCGACAAGUUAGAGGAAGGAGAAGGAAUCUUAUUUUUAAGUUUGGCUUGAGAAGGAUUCCAGGACAACCAAAGCUUCCAAAAGGAUUUUAG